CUAAAAGAUAACAACGACAAUAGCAACAAGACAGGGCCCAUUGUUGUAAAUAUUUUCAGUGACUGGGCAGCGUAAGUAAUCGAGAUGAAGGUCCAGUUGUAUGAAGAAAUCGUAAGUGAGUUCAAGAAAUUCAAGGGAUUAUCGAGGGACUGCGCUUACAUGCUGAUACAUAAAUACCCAGAUGUUCCUGCAACCGCCAUCCACGGAAUAAUUUCCUCGGAAAUAAGGCUGAAGAUGAUGAGCGCCAGGGGACGACUGUCCUCACGGAACGUCAGCUACCUUGACAAAUACAUGACAGAGACAAAUCGACCAGGCGUACCCACAGGAAUAAUCGUGAGGAUGUCCGCAGCCCUGAACGUAUGCCCGUCCUUCCUCGCCCGUAUGAUACUCGAGGAAUACGUCGAGACUGCCGGUCCCCCAUAUACAAGGGCAGACAUCUCCAAAUACAUGAAGGACACCACGCAUAUCGAUAAUCCUAGACUGGCCCACGAAAUUUAUCUGUGUAUUCUGUACGACGACAGAAAUGGAAUGAUAUCAGACUCGUUUUGCAGUGCCGUUGGCUUUGAGUACGAGGUGAAAUUGGAGAAUUAUCUCCAGGAGAGGAAUAUUCCGUACCUCACUGAGGAGAACCUAAAGGUUCAGGGCUACGACAAAACACCUGAUAUCAAACUGGAGGUUCCCAUUGCUGUUAAUGGCUUCGUAAUCAAUUGGAUCGAGUCCAAGGCAAGAUUCGGCACACCCUCGAUCCACAGGUCACAUCUGAACAAGCAGUACUUCAGCUACUGGAAUAGGUUCGGCCCUGGGCUUGUUAUCUACUGGUUUGGCUUUGUGGAGGAGCUAAUAGAGUCCAUUGAGGACAAAUUUAUUAUUCUGGACCGCUUUCCAGAGGACAUCACCUACAUGAAUCCCCUGAUCGAGCUAGAUAAUUAUCAAUUGGAUACGGAAGAGGAAUCUUAAUAUUUUAGUUUACUAAUUUAGUGGAAAUGUGAGAAUGAUACAUUUGUCAGGUUGUGAUGUUUUUUAACCAAAAGAUUUAUACAUAAAUUUACAAUGUUUUUGUA